ACCAGGCUCCCCUCGCGCGGCCGCCCAUGGCGCCCCGGGGGCCGCGGGGGUGGGACGAGGCCGCCCGCACAGCCGGGGUGCUGGGCUGCACUUCGGGAGCGAGGCCGGGCCCCCCCCCCCGCAGCAGGCGGGAAAGGGGGGCGCCAGGCAGGCAGCCCCAGGCACGCGGGAACCUGACCCCAAAGGUCACAAGCCGCUGACCCCCCUAGAGUGCGCUGUCCUCUCCUGCUGGGAGGGGCUUUCACCCCCCAAGCCGCACCCACAAAGAGCUCUGUGCGCCUGAGAGACCAGAAUAAACGUCCCUCGCUGAGCGCGCCCAGGGACCCGCUGGCUCUGGGGGGCGGGGAAUGGGGCAUGGGCCUGUCCCCACUCUGGCACCCUGAACAUGGAAGCUCUCUGGGCAGCACCUGCUCUCCAGCUAGAGAAUCCAGCCCCUGGGACCCUCCCCUUCCCCCAGCAGGGAAUUCGCUCCGGCGCCCAGGCUGCUCGGAACUGCUGCUUCUCGCCCGCGUGGGACAAGCCGCCAGACGCCAGCGCUGCGAUGCCGGGAGCUGCCAGGAUCGUCCCCGAAUGGAAGAACUUGAAAGCUCAGAUCUGCCAAAAGCUGCAGAUGCCAAAGGAGCUGCCCGAGGCAGGGCCAGGGACGCCGGUGCUGCUGAGCGACAGACCCACCCUCGUGUACCGGGCCAGCCGCCACCCUCACCUCAUGCCCCGCAUUUGCUUCUACCCGACUGCCACCGCCAAUGUCUUUGUCUGCUUCUCCUGGGGAGGCCCGGGGGUGAAACAGGACCAGGCCCGGGUCUGGCUGCAGCACGUGGCGGAUGAGAGCGUGGUGGUGGAGCAGGACGUCCCCAUGGCCCAGCGGGUGAAGGUGCUGCAGCUGUCCUACGUGCCCAGCCUGCGCCUGCUGGCCACCUACUGCGACGACCUGCACCUGCGGCUCUUCGGCGACCACAGCCAGGGCCUGCGGCUCCUCACGGCCGUCCGCUGCCCGCACUCCGUCACCAGCAUGUGCUACAGCCCGGAGACAGGUGAGCUGGUCACGGGGGCCAUCGGCGCCAUCAGCUUCUGGGCCUUCAGCCCGGGGCCCGCGCCAGGCCUGGGCAUCGCGUGGGCAGUGAGCGUGGCCGGCGGAGAGUUCGUGCACUGCCUGAGCGUGGAGCGGGACGUGCGGGCGCUGGUGGCCCUGUGCGAGAACACCAUCCGGCUCUACGACUGCCAGCGCCGGGCCGAGACCCAGGCCUUCCAGCUGAGCCCGGGCGUCUCCCUCACCUGCUGCUCCGCCCACGGGGCCCAGGGCCACCUCUACGUGGGCGACCUGGCCGGGCACGUCAAGCUGUGGAGCCUGGAGACGGGCCGCCAGGAGCAGCAGUUCAAGGCCCACCUGAGCGCCGUGACCAGCGUGGUUUGCCGCCCGGCCACGCACACCCUGCUGACGGCCUCGCUGGACGGGCUGCUCAAGGAGUGGGGCCUGGGCUCCGGCGAGCUGCUGCGCCGGCUGGACCUGGGCGAGCCAGUCUUCCAGCUGGGCUUCGUCACCGAGCGGCUGUUCUACUGCCGCUCGCAGCACAGCUUCUCGCUCCGCACCCUGCGCAGCUUCUCCCAGCUCUUCAGCGCCCCCGGCUCCGGCCUGCGCAGGCUGGCCCGGGUGCCCUGCGGCCCCGGCAGAGCCCGCAUCCUGGCCACCACCGAGGACGGGGUGACCCGCUUCCUCUCGUCCGUCACCGGGGAGCUGCUCCUCCUGACCUGGCCCUUCCACAGGCUGGAGAAGGCCCUGGACUACGCCUACGACCCAGAGCGGGAGGAGCUGGUGGUGACCGUGGGGACGGCCGACGUCUACGUCCUGGACACCACCAUCUGCCCCAGCCCGGCCAAGUACGUCGUGUGCACCACAGAGAACAGAGACGACAAGGUGCUGUGCUUGGCCUUCUGCCGCCUGGGCCUGGGCACCCAGCCUUCCGGCUUCGUGUUCAGCGGGCACCGGAGCGGGCACGUGCGCCUGGUCUCCCAGCACGCCCACAGCCUGGCGGAGCGGCAGAUCCACAAAGGGGGGGUGGGCGCCCUGUGCAGCCUGUCGGCCUGCGGGGACCAGUCCUACCACUCCCCGGAGUCCAACUUCCUCUGCUCCUACGGCGCGGACGAGCGGAUCGUGCUGUCCGACGUGGGUCUGACGGGCAGCGAACUGGAGCUCCGGCCCCUGGUCGUCAUCCCCAGCACCGGCUGCCGGAUCCAGAGCCUCCUGCUGGUGCCAGGCUACCUCUGCGCCCUGACCGAGCAGAACCGGCUCCGGCUCUGGAGACAGGCCGCCCUGGUGCCCAGGAAGAUCAACCCGUACUGGCUGGAGACCUGCCCCCUGCACUCCUGCUCCGUCACCUCCCUGGACUACUGCCACCCGCUGCAGCUGCUGCUGACGGGGGGCGCGGAUGGCUCGGUGAGGGUGUGGUCCCUGACGGGCGUCCUGCUGGUGGACUUCGACACCAGCCUGCAGGUCAGCCGGGUUUGCUUCGCCAGCCUCCGGGGCGACCUGCUGCUGGGCUGCGGCACCAACAUCUACUUCAUCUCCUGCCUCGAGUACCUGCCCCGCAGGCACCUCAGGGCGCUGGCUGCCUGGCAGGUGGAGGACGACGUGGUCGAGCACCCGCUGCCCUUCCUCCCCAACUUCCUCCUGUCCUUCGACACGGUCUUCGUGCCCAGGUACCUCUGGGCGGGCGAGAAGUCCAACUGCUACCAAGGCAUGGAGGCCCUCACCAGCCACCGGGCGGUUAUGCUGGUCAAGAGAGUGGCCAGGGUGGUGGCCAGUGCCAAGACAGAGACAGGCCCCUCUCCCGGCCCAGAGGCCCCCGCCGGGGUGCCAGAGCUCGCUGCAGAUUUCCGGCCCGCUCGGACACUCACCAAGAGGCCCCUGAGCUCUCCUGUGGAGCCGCCAGGCGGUGAGGAGCCCCAGGCGCCCGGGGAGCUAGUGCCGCUGCUCCAGAAGCAUCUCCUCCCAGGGGAGCCGUGGCUCAUCGGGCCGGACGGCUACAUUCCCAACUCCAUCAUCAGGGCCCAGCUCUGGCCGCUGGGCACGCCCCUGCACCUCCAGUGCUCCCUCACGGUGACCCCGCGCCGGCGGCUGCCGCCGCGGAAGCCAGCCCCGGUCCAGGAGCCGGCGGCGUCCCGGUGGUGGGAGGAGCCGGCAGAGAAGGGGAAGGCCAAGCGGAAGCUGCAGGACCAGCCCACGUCCUUCGUGGACCCAGAGCUGCCCCGGGACGUGCUGGCUGAGAUCGUGGCCAAGAACUGGCUGAGGCACCGGCCCAGCGAGCUGACGCUGGAGUCCGUCCUGCGGGCCGUGCUGAGCCAGCUAGAAGACGGGCCGCUCUCCGCGUACAGCCUGUGCACCGCCGCCCUGGUGCAGAUCUGCCAGGCCUACGUGCUGCCGCCCCAGCUGCAGGCCGAGGCCGCCGCCCGCCUCUACCAGGGCACCGCCAGCGAGAACGGCCGGACCCGGCAGGCGGCCUGGGAGACCCUGGGCGAGAUGGCGCUACUGAGCCACAGGGACGUGGUGCCACUGGCCCGGGCCCUGCUGGACCCAGACUGGCAGGUGCGGGACCAGGCCCGCUCGCUCAUCGCCUCCGUCGCCGGCAUCACCAACAAGUUCGCCCUCCAGAAGGCAAUCAGGAGGCAGGUCACGCCCGCCAAGGAGCAGCCGAGUGUCACCAUCAGCGGGACGUUUGUGCCGUACGGGCUGGGGCCAGCAGGGCCUGAGGCAGAGAAGCCAGGGUGGGCGCCAGCCCUGCUCGGCGUCACAGAACUGGAGAUCCUCCUGGCACAAGUGGAGACCAGGCUGACGGAGAACCUGUACCUGGCGGAGGAGCACCCGGAGCCCAGGGCCAGGUGCUCGGGGACCCGCAUCAAAUGGCCCAAGGUCUCAGAGGUGCUGAGUGCGGAGGCGGCCGCGGCAGAGCCGACCCAGGGCCAGGCCAAGAGGCAGCAGCUCUUUGGACAGACCCAGCUGCCCAGGAGCUCUGGUGCAGCCAAAGACACCCCUGGCACGAAGAAGAAGAGACGCCUGCGGGAUAAGCUGCCCCAGAUCCAGCCGGGGGCCCAGCACCUCACAGCCCCCAUUAUGGUGCCGAGCGGCGAGCGGCUGGGCCCCGGUUCCGAGGCGGAGAGACGGCUGGGCCCCGGCUCCGAGGCGGAGAGACGGCUGGGCCCCGGCUCCGAGGCGGAGAUAUGGCAGGGCCCCGGCUCCAAGGCGGAGAUAUGGAAGGGCCCCGGCUCUGAGGUGGAGAGACGGCAGGGCCCCGGCUCCAAGGCGGAGAUAUGGAAGGGCCCCGGCUCUGAGGCGGAGAGACGGCAGGGCCCCGGCUCCAAGGCGGAGAUAUGGAAGGGCCCCGGCUCUGAGGCGGAGAGACGGCAGGGCCCCGGCUCCAAGGCGGAGAUAUGGAAGGGCCCCAGCUCCGAGGCGGAGAGACGGCAGGGCCCAGCCGGCGCCCCAGGCAGCCUCUCCUCCGAGGUGCCCAAGGUGACGCUGCCCAAGGUGGGGCAGCCUCCCCUGGGCCCGCGCCAGGACCCACGCACCAAGCGCUACCAGGAGAUGCUGAAGAGGCAGAUGCUGAAGACAAGGCAGCCGGGCGAGUCCCUGUCCUGGCAGCCCAGCCAGCCCUCGGCCCAGGCCAUCCGCCCCGAAUCCUCCGACCCCUUCGUCAUUGACCCCAGUCACCGGUACGGUGCCGACAGCGCCCGCUGGCGGGACGACCUCUGCAAGCUGCUCAACCUGCGCGUCGCCCCCUCGGCCGACGGCCGCAGCGCCCUGGAGGAGCUGGUGGCGUCCACCAGCCUGGCCCUGGGCCAGCGCAGCAGCUCCUGGAGCCUUGGCAAGUCCAGCAGCACCGUCGGCCGGGGCCUGGCCGAGAGAGACGCGGCUGCCGAGGAGCUGGUGCACCUGGCACAGGAGGCCUGGGCCAAAAGGGCAGAAGGGGGCCUGGCCGAGGGGGGCCCGGCUGAAGGGGGCCUGGCCGAGGGGGGCCCGGCCAAGGGGGUCCCGGCUGAAGGGGGCCUGGCCGAGGGGGGCCCGGCCGAGGGGGUCCCGGCUGAAGGGGGCCUGGCCGAGGGGGCAGAGCAGGUGCUGGGUGGCCGGGCGUCCAAGGCCCCUGCGGCACAGCCAGAAAAGCUGGCCCGGGGCAGUCCGGGGGCGGUCGCUGGGGGGGUCGAAGGGCAGGUCUGGCAGAGAAUCCAGCCGCUGCUGGAGAUCCUGGCCGACCCGGCCCGGCUGGAGAGCACCGACACCGCCGAGCUGCUGGGCCGGCUCCAAGCCCUCGGGCAGUGCCCCUCCGUGGAGCAUAGGGUGGCGCUGGAGUCCACGCUGGCCAUGGCGGCCCAGGUGCUGGGAGAGGAGGACGCCGGCCUGGGCAGGGCAGUGUCGCUCUGUGCCCUCCUGGCCAGCCCCGGGCAACAGCUGCCUGAGGCCACCGUGUCCACGGAGCUGCUCCAGGGCCAGCCCGGCCCCGAGCCCGGCCUGGCCAAGGAGCUGCUGGCGUCUGCCCAGGCCCGGCUGCAGGCCAGCGCCGAGAGGAUGGGGCAGGAGUGGGCGUGGUGGGAGCAGGUGGCCCGGCCGGAGCAGUCCAGCCUGGAGCUGGCUGCGCCCAGGGAGGACGAGGUGGCCCGGCGGAAGACGCAGCCUCUGGCUUUCUGGCUGGGCAGGGCCCGGGCCCAGCCGCGGAGGCUCCAGCAGCGUGAGGCCGGGGCCGGCGGGCGCAGGGAGCAGGCGGGGGCGGUGCCCGUGGACAGCCAGCGGGAGAAGGUCGACUUGUACCUGCCGGACCGGCUGCCGACCGCCGGUGCCGGCUGGGCCGAGGUGGGAGCACGUCGACUGCCGGGCGAGGACACGUUCCUGGCGCUCUACCAGGUGCUGGUCACCCUCCAGCGGCGCCAUGGGCCCUUCUCCCCGGCCUGGUGGGAGCAGUUCCACCGGCUCACCAAGCUCUACGGCCUCCGGCGGCCCCUGAGCCGCGCCUUGAUCCAGCAGCUGGGGGCGGCCGACCGGCGCAGCAGCAAGUCCCUCCCAGGCCUGGCCCAGGAGCCGAGCGAGGCCAGCCUGGGCCAGCGGAUCCUCUACCAGAUCCUGCAUCGGGCCCCCCAGAAGCCACCCGAGCCGCCCAGCUUCAGCAGCGUCAUCCCCCUGAGCUACCAGAACAACGUGCACGUGCUGCAGCCGCGGGGGGAGGCUCGGUACGGGGCCGUGGGCCUGGCCUGGAGGACGGCGCAGCAGGACGGCCGGGGCCAGCAGCCCAAGCUGCACUUGGGGGUGGGAUGA